GUGGCCGUCGCAAACAGGAAAAGAGAUCCAAGUAUGGGCGGAAGCGCAGUGUCAACAAGCUGCAGCCAGGUCGCAGCUAGCCAUGUUUUCAUUCUAACCCGGUUAAAUAAAAGCCGUACGUCGCUCACGGCUUCACCAGCUCCGUAACGCACUCACCUGUAAACCUCCAGAAGGUUCGUCCGGAUGACACCUUGAUGACUUUGCGUCGCUUCUUUCCGGAAGCGGGCUGAGCUUUAGCUUUAGCCGUAGCUUAGCAUGCUACUCAUGGACGAAUUCCCACAACUUCCACCAGAAGUUUGGGUCUGCGUUUUUCGGUUCCUGACCACCGAGGAGAAACACACCGUCCGCACCUGCUGCAAGUACCUGAUGAAGCUCAUCGACCACCCGUCCCUGUGGAAGGACUUCACGGUGGUGCUGUCGGACGUCCGGCGCUACAACUGCGGCUUCUGGGCCACCCUGCACAGCCGCAAGAUCACCCGGGUCGCGGUGCAGCACCUGCGGCGGCGCGAAUGGCGACGUCUCGUCAAGUUCCUCCCGGGCAUGACCGCCAUCGUGUUCGUGAACGGCGGCAAGGAGGAAAACAAGGCGUACAAGGAGAAGUAUCUGCGAGACCUGAAGAAGUUCCCCCAGCUGGGUGAGCUCGGGGUGCGCAACGCCUCCUGGAUGGAGCCGCUGCUGGGGCUGAGCCUGACGGAGCAGCUGCAGGACCAGCUGACGCACCUGAGCGUCUGCAACGUGCGGCUCACCUGCGCCGCGGACUUCAUCCACGCCGUGUCCCACCUGUACAACCUGCAGCACCUGCUCUACCACCAGCAGGGAGACGGCUUCGGCCUGCCCAGCGGGGUGCGGCCCGUCCCCCGCAGCGGCUUCCACCACAUGCUGUCCGGCCUGCAGAAGCUCAAGCACCUGUCCUGGGGCAUGAGGGGAGAGCCGGCCGAGCCGCUGCCCGACGACUACUUCAGCCCGCCCGGCAGCUUCCAGCAGUCAGGACGGUCCCAGUACGGCGGCCCGGCCCUGACCAGUCUGGAGCUGGUCGACUACCCAGAAACCCUCCUGCCGGAAAACGCCCUGCGCAGCCUGUCCUCGCUCCGCUGCCUCACCAUCCGCUACAAAUACAUGAGGGAGGGCAUCGAGUGUCGCCUCAAGUCCUGGCUGAGCCCCCUGACCCAGCUGACGUCCCUCACCAUCAUCGGUGGAAAUUCCCUCGGCGCCUACACGACCACCAUCCCGUCCAGCGUGACGCGGCUGACGCUGCGUGUCGCCAUCACGCUGAAGGACAUGGACUCCAUCGCGCCCAAAGUGCCGGGACUCCUGCACCUCGACAUCGAGCAGAACCGCUCGAGCGGAAGCCUCUGCCGCCGCAUCCCCAUGCUGUUUCCCCAGCUCAGGACGCUCAGGAUCCGGUUUUUCCGCAGGGAGCCGGAGAAGGAUCUGCUGAGCCUCCACCGGCUGCGGCACCUGGUGCAGCUGGAGCUGCUGGUGGAGCGCUCCUACAUCCUGCGGGACUACCUGAACGGGCACCCGUGGCCCAGCCCGGGCGUCCAGGAGCUGAUCAGCCAGCUGCGAGCGCUGUCCGACAACAGGAUCAGCGUCAUCACCACCAUGCGGCAGAGGAACCCGCUGAGAGACUGCGACUGCAUGUGGGAGGGAGACUGAGGAGACGGGAGCCUGCAGGGGGAAAAAUAAAAAACGGGAAGGUUUGAGUUUUGUUACUGGACACAAGAAGAGGCUGGAGAUGCCACCAGAGCCUGAACGGGAGGUGGAAUGAACAAAAGACAGACUCGCAGACUCACAGAGGACUGAUGGUUACAGUGUGAAAACUGCAAGAGCCAGUAAACUUUUUUCCUCUUCAGAUUUUCUGUAUUUUCUGAAAGAGCCUGAACAUAACAACCAGAGAAAGUCACAGGAGUGUGACUCCAAGUCGACUGGUUUCAGUCUGCAGAUGUUGUGGAUCAAAAUUUUGGCCGGGAACGUGGACGAGAAACAUUCUCUUCCCACUCCUCGGCAACGUCAGUCUGCUGAGCUGCCCUCGAGCAAGGCACGCACGCAGCCCAGCAGCGGUGCAGCAGACUGCGGUUUCACUCUGUGGGACGGAGGUGAAACGUGAAGCAGGUCGGUGCUGGAGGAGAGCGAGCAGCCGCACCGUUUCCAAGGUUUAACAAAAAAAAAAGACAAACCAAAAGGAAAAGGUUCAGGCUCUCGUCCUUUCGUUUAGCACGGAGGUCAGA